AUAUAAGAGCCGGUCCUUGGCAGCUCAGAACAAACCUGAAGAUUCAGACUGAAACUGAAGAUCGUUCUGCUGCAGGUGAGAAUCAUCAUGACUCUGACUCUGCUUCUUGUUGCCAUGGUGGUUCUGACCAGAGCUGCUGAUGCUGCAAAACAGACAGAAGCUGAAGAAGUGAAUGUCGUUGAAAAGAGAGGAUUGCUUUGUUCUUCUGGAUGGACUCUGUAUGAUUGGCGCUGUUUUCAAUUUGUUCCAAGAUCUUUGACCUGGUCUGCUGCUGAGGAAAACUGUAAGUCCAUGAAUGCGCACCUUGUAUCUGUACGUAGUGCUGAGGAGUACCAUCACAUCCAGAAGAUGAUAGCAGAUCAGACACACGAUUAUCCUACAACAUGGAUCGGAGGCACUGACAGUGUAAAGGAGGGGGAAUGGCUUUGGACUGAUGGCUCACGUUUCUUGUUUUCAUACUGGUGCCAAGGAGAACCGAACAACCUUGGCAACCAGGAUUGCCUUGUAAUGAAUUUCUCAGAAAAGAAAUGCUGGGAUGAUCAGAAGUGCGAUAAGAAGAAACAAUCUGUCUGCGUCAAGAGCUGGUCAUUAUUCGGCUGAUACAAAAACAUCAAGCAUCUACGCAAAAAGCAGCGUAUUGCAAAUUUAUUCUGUCUUUAUUUCUCUGUUAUUGCUGUAAUGCUGCAUGAAAUGUGAAUCAAGAAUUGACAUGGUUGAAUGUCUCUUAGGUCCUGUACCUUUAACUCUUAAAUCUCCAAGCCUUUCUUUUUUUUUUCUUUUUUUUUUUUUUCUUUUUUUGUGUAGAAGCUGAACCCUUUUAAUCCCAGUCAACAUCUUGACAUGAUGUUUUCAGGACAGCCUCAGUUGUCAGAUCAUGAGGUUAAAAUGAUGCUAAAUGAAUGUCUUAAUAGAUAUAGCAGCAUAAAGAACAGCCAUUAAAAACUAAAAACACAACAGAAUGUAUUACCAACAGAACUUGUAGAAAGAACACACACCAUUAUUCUUAAGUCUUUACUUUGACGAGAAAAAAUAUCAACAUUGAAACAAACACAGAGAAACAUGGAAAUAGAAAUAAUUAAACAAAAACUUUUCACAUAUUUACAGUUUUUCCUUCAGCUGUUUUUAUCUAUUUACAUUCAUUUGGACAAGACAAGCUAGUUUAUUAGUAUAACACAUUUUAUUUACAGGACAAUUCAAAGUGCUUUACAUAAAACAUUAAAAACAUUACAGAUGCUGCAAAAAAAAAAAAAAAAAAAAAAAAAAAACAUUAAAAGAUGUUAUUUACUAUCCUCACAUUACCAUUUUUGUCACCACCGUGCAUCUUCUUAGUUUUAUAUCAGCCAUAGAGGUCCUUUAUUUGACUUUUAUUUUUGUUCUUUUUAGACACACAGAACUUUCUUGCCAAUUGUUAUCUUUGGUUGCUCCUGAUUGGACAUUAACAUCAAUUUAUUUUUAGCUUAUUGGUUGAAUAUUUAACAGGAAGCAGCUUAGUUAGUGUUUUCAGGUCUCUUUGUAUUGUCAUACUAAGGCCUCUUAGCAACAUGGUAGUGAUGGAUGGAUCAUUCAUUGUGUAUUUACCUUAAGAGCAGGUUUGUCCAAAGUGCUGCUGUCCUGCAGGUUUGGAUGAUUCCUUCUGAAUCAGACUAAUGGAUCAACAUAAAUGUGCAGCACUGGACAACAAGCCAUUGAGAAGAGUCAUUUAAUCUAAAUCAGGUGUUCUGGAGCUGGAAUACAUCUAAAGCCUGUAGGAGUGCGACGCUUGAGGACUGAAUUUUUAUGAUGAACAUUUAAUUUUGCAAACUAAUUGUAAACUUUCUGAAGGGGAUAUAAAUGUUUGGAAAAUGUCCAUAGAUCAUCUCAAGGGAAAGCUAUCCAUCACAUCUUACCCCACAGAGAUACACACAACUGUUCCUGAGAAAUUAUUGACAAAUGACGGGGCGCUGAUGAUCUAGCAGAGUUUUAAGAGUUGAAAUUAGCAGACCAUAAGGGAUCGUUUUUAAAAAACAUGCUUUUAGCUCCACUUUCUUCUGCAGACUGUCCUGUUCUGUUACUGAAAAUAAAAGCUUAAAUCAUUGAAA